GAGUCAAGUUCAUGUGGGAGUGUACUGUGGAGUCGUUAGAACAGCUCAAGUCUGGAAAAGGUUCGGGAUGUAUCCUCGCACAUUGUAUGGGGCUUGGAAAAACCCUACAAGUUAUCACCUUCAUCCAUACACUACUUAAUAACAAAUACACAAAGAAAUUCUUCUCGUCAGUACUGGUGGUCUGUCCGUACAACACCGUCCUUAACUGGAACCGGGAGUUUGAAAUGUGGCUGGAAGAGGAGGAACUUCAGAUUAGUGUACAAGAACUUGCAAGUAUAAGAGAUAACUAUGCUCGAGCUAGUAAACUGGAUGAAUGGAAGGAAGAAGGAGGAGUCAUAAUUAUGGGCUACGACCUCUUUCGUCUUCUUGUUCAGGACAAAUCUCGUGGAAAACGGAUCUCAAAAAGACUUCGAGAUAGGUUUUGUAAAGCACUUCUUGAUCCAGGUCCAGAUCUUGUUAUUUGUGAUGAAGGCCAUAUCUUGAAGAAUAAUACCUCGGCCAUUUUUAAAGCCAUGAAUCGAAUAGUGACAAAGAGGAGAAUCGUUCUGACGGGUACUCCCUUACAGAAUAAUUUGGCAGAGUACCAUUGUAUGGUGGAUUUUGUGAAACAACGACUUCUUGGUACCAAAAAGGAGUUCUUUAACAGAUUUGUGAAUCCAAUUACUAACGGUCAGUGUGCUGAUUCAACUCCUCAAGAUGUCAAGCUAAUGAAGAAGCGAGUUCACAUUCUCCACAAACUUCUUGAAGGCUGUGUACAGAGGUGUGAUUACAGUGUCAUUAGAAAACACCUACAAGCUAAACAUGAAUAUGUUAUUUGUGUCCGACUCUCAGAUACCCAGAUAAAAUUAUAUCAGUAUUUUCUGGACAACAUGGCUCGAGGUAGACAGGUGGGUGGUCACAAGGUGGCCUCUGUCCAGCUGUUUUCUGAUUAUAGUGCUCUCCGCCAGAUUUGGACCCAUCCAUAUAUCCUGUACUUGAACAAGAUUCGUGAAGGCAACAAAAUGAUAGAUGACUUUGAAGAUUCUAACUCUGAUGAUAUUUCUGUACAAUCUGAUGAUGGUGAUGAUGAUGAUGUUAUUUGUCUAGAAAACCCUGAACCAGGCACUAGUUCCAACAAGAAGGAUGAUGACAGCAGUGAAGAAGAGGUUAUCAAGAAGUGGAAGACUUCUAGACUAACUGGAGAAAAGAAUGAAGAACCAGAUAACACAAACAGAGAUGAUGAGAAGGAAUGGUGGUCAGAUAUCCUUCCAGAAGAGGAAUCUAAAAAAAUAGAGCUCAGUGGCAAGCUGGUCCUUCUUUUUGAAAUUCUUAACAGAUGUGAAGAGAUAGGAGAUAAAGUUUUAUUAUUUAGUCAGAGUCUACUGUUGUUGGACUUAGUAGAAGAUAUGUUAGAGAUGAAAAACCUGGAGAACAGCACGAUUUCUGACCCUGAACAGAAGGGCUACUAUGGAACGUGGCUGCACGGUUUGGAUUAUUUCCGAAUGGAUGGGUCGACCAGUGCUGAUAGCAGGAGAAGAUGGAUAGAACAUUUUAAUGAUGAAGAAAAUUGCAGAAGUCGGUUGUUCUUGAUAUCAACAAAGGCUGGAUCUUUGGGAACAAACCUUAUUGGAGCCAACCGUGUGAUUAUUAUGGACACCUCUUGGAACCCUUCUCACGACACACAAGCGAUCUUUAGGGUGUACAGAUUUGGACAGAAGAAGCCGGUAUACAUUUACCGAUUUCUUUCCCAG